UGGUGGGUCAGACGGCAGCACGUGCAGUCUGCGCGCCCUUCACAAGACAGCCAUGGAGAUGGUGCUUUUUUGGGCCAACAUCCUGUUAGGGCUCCUUCUCUCUGGAAUCUGCGUUCGACAGUCUUUAGCUUUGCCGCCGCAUCACUCGCAGUAUGCUUCGCUUCAGAGGCCUCAGCACACACAGCGCACGACCACCGAGGAGCCUCCGAAGGCCCUGGAGCAGGUCAACACCAUCAGUGUCGCCUGCUAUCCGGACCUACUGGAGAUCGCCAUCAAAGCCGACCUGUUUGCAGUUGGAGCUCCAGUCAACAGCAAUGAAAUCCGUCUGGGUGUGGAUGAGGACGACUACUACUGCAGAGCCACGGUUUCUUCAGAGGACGAAUACAAGAUUGUUGCAGGAUUGAUGGACUGUGGCACCAAACACUGGAUGACCGAGGACUCGCUGGUCUACACAAACCUCCUCAUAUACUCCCCCAUACCCUCUCCUAAUGGGGUGAUCCGGAUGGACGAAGCUGUAAUUCCAAUUGAGUGUCACUAUGCCAGGAAGUACAGUUUAUCCAGUUCUUCUCUCAUGCCAUCUUGGGUCUCGUUCACGUCAACAAUGUCUGCAGUGGAGAAUCUGGACUUUAAUUUGAAGCUAAUGACUGGUGACUGGCAGUACGAACGAGGCUCACAGGUGUACUACCUUGGCGACCCAAUCAACAUCGAAGCCUCUGUCAGAGUUGGACAUCACAUGAAGCUUCGGGUGUUUCUGAGCAGCUGUGUGGCUACACUUCACCCAGACAUGGACUCUGAGCCCAGAUAUGUCUUAAUUGAAGAUGGGUGUUUGGUGGACUCUGCCGUUCCAGGGUCGAAGUCUCACUUCUUGGUCAGGACACAGGAGAACAGUCUGCAGAUGGUCAUUGAUGCCUUCAAAUUCCACAAUGAUAACAGAGGAGAGAUCUACGUCACGUGCCACGUGAAUGCCGUCCCACUGGAUGACGCAGAAGCACCUAAUAAGGCGUGCACUCUCGUAAAUGGAAGGUGGCGGUCCGCAGAUGGUAAUGACUACCUGUGUGGGUAUUGCCAAAGUCAAAAUGAAGUUGGCGAAACCCACAGUAAGCUCGGCAGCACCAGCAGGUUUGGUCCGCGAGGGUUUGGAAAGCCAGUUGAACUGGAAUCCUCCUGGAGGAGCGGACUGAGGACCAACAAAGUGUGGGAACAGGAAGCCAGACUGGGUCCAAUGACGAUUCUGCCACGUACGAAGAGUGCCUUCCUGCCUUUGGACGAAGUCCCUCCAGUUCUCGCUAAACUCAACCGACCCUCAUUUUACGGCAGCCAGUGGAGAAGUGGAAAUGGCAAACUAGCUCUGGAAGACGAGAUCCUUACUGGCCCACCGGCACACCUGGACGUGGAGACUGAAGGUGAAAUGGAUGAAGAACUUUCUUCAGAAACUGAAGAUGAAGACAUGUCCACUGAAACGGCAAGUCCUGACUUCAAGGUGAAGUCGCUGGCUAACACCACCACUACCGAAGCCCCCAGUGAGCCGACGAGUACGCCUGAGGCUGAAGAGGAAACCACAGUGACCAACGCAACUGCUGCCCAAUCUGACCCAAAGAAAUAA